GAAUUAAGUGAAUUGACAAGAUGGAACCAGUGUCUGAUGAUAUUCAGAAAGCUCGUGAGGCUCUUAAGAACAGAUUUGCAACUGCUGGACGCGUCGGAAAGGGAAUGGGAAGACGCACAAAGAAAGUGGUGCACAAAAAGAACGGCUCUGACGAUGCCAAGCUGAGAAUGAACCUGAACAAGGUUGGCUGCCGCCAGAUCGGUGGUAUUCAGGAGGUGAACUUCUUCCCCACCGAGGGAGAGAUUUACCACUUCGAGAAGUGCGACUGUUGGAUUAGCCCCGAGACGAACACCACUGCUGUUUUCGGAACCCCUGAGAGAGCUCCCAUUACCAAGUACCUUCCUGGAAUCUUCAACCAGCUUGGUUUGGCCGGUCUCAUGAACAACCAGAACUUGUUCAAGGGUGCUGAGGAGAAGAAGGCUGAGGCCCAGGAGGAGGAGGAUGUUCCUGAACUUGUGGAGAGCUUCGAAGAAGUCAGCAAGGAGGAAUAAACAGGAUACCGGGUUUGUCAUUCUGAUAUUGGA